AUGGAUAAAUUAAACAAAGAACAUAUAAUUAGUAUAAAUGUAGGAGGGAAAAUUUACAUGACCACUCUUAAUUUAAUAUCGCGAUACAAAAAUUCACGAUUAUAUGAAAUAGUACAAGAAAAAUUGACAAAUAUACCCGAUUUAUCAAACGAUUAUAAGAAGAGGGAAAUAUUCAUCGAUCGAAACGGUAACCGAUUUGAGUACAUCCUUGACUUUCUACGAGAUGGGGUCUUAAUAUGCGAAAAUGACAUCAUUGUCCUAACUAGGAUUUUAAUCGAAGCUAUUUAUUUUAAAUUAUUUUCUUUAAUGAAAAUAAUAAAAAAAAAAAUUAAUUUAUUACAUUCUAAUAUGAAUAAUAGUGUAAAUAAAAAUGUUUUUAAACAAAUUAUAAAUACAAUAGAAAAAAAUAGAAAAGAGGAAACAAACAAAUUGGUAAAAUUGUCAAGCAUUAUUUCUAAUUAUAGUGAACUAAAAUAUUUUAAUUUAAAAAAAAAAAAAAAAAAAACUUAUAUAAACAUUUUAAAUAAUUCCAAUAUUAUUAACGAAAUAAAUCAUGUGAAUACAGACACCGAAAAGGGUUUUGCCAGACACAAUAAGAAUGACUCUACACAUUAUCAAAAAAAUGAAUCCACAAAUAAGUUAAAUUUACAAUCCAUCACACAUGAAAAAGAAAAAAAGAAAACAAAUGCAUACAAAGAAAGCUAUUAUGAUACAAAUAUAAAUUCGGAAAAAAAUAUGAACAGUCAGGAAAAUAUUUCCAAUAUUUACACAAAAAGUGAGUCACAAAAUUUAAAAUUUUCAAAUAAAAUAGAAAGAAAAGUGUCAAAAGAUAUGCUGAAUAGCAAUUUAAAAAAUGAUGUUGAUAAAAAGGAUAACCAUCUUAGCGAUACAAAUUCUUUAGAAAAAAGUGAAAAAGAUGCUCAUGAAAAUUCGGAAUAUUAUAAUCCAAAAACAAUCGGUCAUAAAUAUGUUUCCUUUUCAGGGGAAAAAGAUAUAAUUUUUUACAAUAAUAGCGAGACUUGGAGCGAAGAUGACCAAUUGGGAAACAUAAAAAAUUCAAAAGCUGAAAAGGAGGCAAAUAGUAGCCCUAAGAACAUAAGUAGAUUAAGAAACAUAAAUGGUAUUAACAAUAAAGUUAGUGAAUUGAAUUAUAUAGGGAAUAAUGAUUAUAUACGAUAUCGAGAUUACGAAGAAUAUGGAUGUGAAGAUGAACAUAAUAAUUUUCCAAAUUAUAUAAAUAGUGUGCGUAAUAAAAAAUCGACAUAUAAUUAUGAAUAUAAUAAUAUGAAAAAUAAUGUCAGGAAUCCUAUUAUGGUAUAUCCAGAAAUUGAUGAUGUUGAAGAAACUUCCAACUACCCUAUCAUGCCUAACAUAAAUUUAGGAGAACAGAUUUUUAGCACCACUGUAGAUUUUUAA